AUGUGGGACCGGGGACACUGCUUCCUGGGAGCCGAGGGCGCGGGCAGCUGCCUCCACGUGGACCAGGCGUGGUGGAGUAACGUGGCCAAGAACUACCUCGGCUACAAGCUCGUCGCCACCUGGGCGCCGUCGGGGGCGCCCGCUGCGCUGCGCUGCGCUGGGGAGCUGUUCCGCAAGCCGCUCACGGCCGAGCAGCAGGAGGCGCUGCGGCAGGCGGCCCGGGUGGCGUUGCUGCGGCCUGGCGACGUCGCGAGCUUCACCGGCGGCCUGCCGCACGUCACGGUCGUCGUGGGCGACGGCCUGAACCUCACCGGCUACGAGAGCCUCGUCAACUGGCACCCGCGCAACGCGGAGCUGCUGCUGCGCGGCGCGGCGCGGCCCGACGGCCCGGGGACGCUGGCCUUGAAGCCGCUGCACCGGCUUUUCGAUGACCUCAGGAGGAGGAGGGAGGAGGAGGAGGAGGAGGAGGAGGAGUGA